GAGCGAGGUUCGCGGAAAGGCAGCCAGACUCCUCCUUAUCUCCAGUGUCAAACUUGACAUCAGCCUGCGAGCGGAGCAUGGUAACUUCUCCAGCAAUCAGAGCGCUCCCCCUCACAUCAGUGGCAUGCUUCAUGGAGAUAUGCUCCUCUCACUGCCCUCUGCACCAGCAACAUGGAUUGUCACCUCUCCAUCCUCCUCCUUCUCAGCUGCUCUGUUCUCAGCUGCCUGGGGGAACUGACUCUCCAGCCUUCCAAUGAAGUCAAUCUACUGGAUUCAAAAACAAUCCAAGGGGAGCUGGGCUGGAUCUCUUAUCCAUCACAUGGGUGGGAAGAGAUCAGUGGUGUUGAUGAACAUUACACACCCAUCAGGACUUAUCAGGUGUGCAAUGUCAUGGAUCAUAGCCAAAAUAAUUGGCUGAGGACAAACUGGGUCCCCAGGAACUCAGCUCAGAAGAUCUAUGUGGAGCUCAAGUUCACUCUCCGGGACUGCAAUAGCAUUCCACUGGUUUUAGGAACCUGCAAGGAGACUUUCAACCUGUACUACAUGGAGUCUGAUGAUGAUCAUGGGGUCAAAUUCCGAGAACAUCAAUUUACAAAGAUUGACACCAUUGCAGCUGACGAAAGUUUCACACAGAUGGAUCUUGGGGAUCGUAUUCUUAAACUCAACACUGAGAUUAGAGAAGUAGGUCCUGUCAACAAAAAGGGAUUUUACCUGGCUUUUCAAGAUGUUGGUGCUUGUGUUGCCUUGGUCUCUGUGAGAGUGUACUUCAAAAAGUGCCCAUUUACAGUGAAGAAUCUGGCUAUGUUUCCAGACACAGUACCUAUGGACUCCCAGUCUCUGGUGGAGGUUAGAGGUUCUUGUGUCAACAAUUCUAAGGAGGAAGACCCUCCCAGGAUGUACUGCAGUACUGAAGGCGAGUGGCUUGUGCCCAUUGGCAAGUGCUCCUGCAAUGCUGGUUAUGAAGAAAGAGGUUUCAUGUGUCAAGCUUGUCGACCAGGCUUCUACAAGGCUUCCGAUGGUAAUAUGAAGUGUGCCAAGUGCCCGCCUCACAGUUCUACUCACGAAGAUGGUUCAAUGAACUGCAGGUGUGAGAAUAAUUACUUCCGGGCAGACAAAGACCCUCCAUCCAUGGCUUGUACCCGACCUCCAUCUGCACCAAGAAAUGUUAUCUCUAACAUAAACGAGACCUCCGUUAUCCUGGACUGGAGCUGGCCCCUGGACACAGGAGGCCGGAAAGAUGUUACCUUCAACAUCAUAUGUAAAAAAUGUGGGUGGAAUGUAAAACAGUGUGAGCCAUGCAGCCCAAAUGUCCACUUCCUCCCUCGACAGUUUGGACUCACCAACACCACAGUGACAGUGACAGAUCUCCUGGCACACACUAACUACACUUUUGAGAUUGAUGCCGUUAAUGGGGUAUCAAAACUGAGCUCCCCGCCACGACAGUUUGCUGCAGUCAGCAUCACAACUAAUCAGGCUGCUCCAUCACCUGUCAUGAUAAUCAAGAAAGAUCGAACAUCCAGAAACAGCAUCUCUCUAUCCUGGCAAGAACCUGAACAUCCUAAUGGGAUCAUAUUGGACUAUGAAGUCAAAUACUAUGAAAAGCAGGAACAAGAGACAAGUUAUACCAUUUUGAGGGCAAGAGGCACAAAUGUCACAAUCAGUAGCCUCAAGCCUGAUACUACAUAUGUAUUCCAAAUUCGAGCCCGAACAGCAGCUGGAUAUGGGACCAACAGCCGAAAGUUCGAGUUUGAAACAAGCCCAGACUCUUUUUCCAUCUCUGGUGAAAAUAGCCAAGUGGUAAUGAUUGCCAUUUCAGCAGCAGUGGCCAUUAUUCUCCUCACCGUCGUCAUAUAUGUUUUGAUUGGGAGGUUCUGUGGCUAUAACAAAUCAAAACAUGGUGCGGAUGAAAAAAGACUUCACUUUGGGAAUGGGCACUUAAAACUUCCAGGUCUCAGAACUUAUGUUGACCCACAUACUUAUGAGGACCCGACACAAGCAGUUCAUGAGUUUGCUAAGGAAUUGGAUGCCACCAACAUAUCCAUUGACAAAGUUGUUGGAGCAGGUGAAUUUGGUGAGGUAUGCAGUGGUCGCUUAAAACUUCCUUCAAAAAAAGAGAUUUCAGUGGCCAUCAAGACCCUGAAAGUGGGCUACACAGAGAAACAGAGGAGAGACUUCCUGGGAGAAGCAAGCAUCAUGGGACAGUUUGACCAUCCCAAUAUCAUUCGAUUGGAAGGAGUUGUUACUAAAAGUAAACCAGUUAUGAUUGUCACAGAAUACAUGGAAAAUGGUUCCUUGGACAGUUUCUUACGUAAACAUGAUGCCCAGUUUACAGUCAUCCAGCUGGUGGGAAUGCUUCGUGGUAUAGCAUCUGGCAUGAAGUACCUGUCAGAUAUGGGAUAUGUACACAGAGACCUCGCUGCCCGGAACAUCUUAAUCAACAGUAAUUUGGUGUGUAAGGUUUCUGACUUUGGACUUUCACGUGUUCUAGAGGAUGAUCCAGAAGCUGCUUAUACAACAAGAGGAGGGAAGAUUCCAAUCCGGUGGACAUCACCAGAAGCAAUAGCCUACCGCAAAUUCACAUCAGCCAGCGAUGUAUGGAGUUAUGGGAUAGUUCUCUGGGAGGUGAUGUCUUAUGGAGAAAGACCAUACUGGGAGAUGUCCAAUCAGGAUGUAAUUAAAGCUGUGGACGAGGGCUAUCGCCUGCCACCCCCCAUGGACUGCCCAGCUGCGUUGUAUCAGUUGAUGCUGGACUGCUGGCAGAAAGACAGAAACAACAGACCCAAGUUUGAGCAGAUUGUCAGCAUCCUGGACAAGCUCAUCCGGAAUCCCGGCAGUCUGAAGAUCAUCACCAGUGCAGCAGCAAGGCCAUCAAACCUUCUUCUGGACCAAAGCAAUGUGGACAUCACUACCUUCCGCACGACAGGUGACUGGCUUAAUGGAGUCCGGACAGCACACUGCAAGGAAAUCUUCACAGGCGUGGAGUACAGUUCUUGUGACACCAUAGCCAAGAUUUCCACAGAAGACAUGAAAAAGGUUGGUGUUACUGUGGUGGGGCCACAGAAGAAGAUCAUCAGUAGCAUUAAAGCUCUAGAAACUCAAUCCAAGAAUGGCCCAGUUCCAGUGUGAAGAACUUCUUCUGAAGAAGCCCAUGGAAGAUGUGACAUCACUCUAUAGACAUAUGAGAAUGCUGGAGAUGCCAGUGGAAGUUCUUUGUCCAAUAAGACACUCUUAUACGAGUACAAAUGCCUUAAAAUGGAAUUGAAAAACUCUUUAUUUUCCCCUAUCAUUUAGUGAAUGGGUGGGUGGGUAUAUUUUGAUUUGAUAAUUGCUUUUCUGAAUAUUAGUUGAUAGAUUACAUUUAAAUUCUUCAGUGCAAAUUGGUGAAGAACUAGCAUAGAGCCAUUGAUCAUAAACUGACUAUCACAAAAGCAAAACAAGUAAAAUAACAAAAUGGACAUGAUGGCUUCAUUUAUGAAUAGCCACAAAAGAAAAGACUUGUGAUAUUUUUUUACACAGAAGAACUCUGUAACAGGUAUUUUGUUUCUUUAAAAACAAGCAAAAUAGAGGAGUUUAUACCUCAAACUAUCUGGCCAUAUUUACUACCUUAUCAUCGUAUUAUUCUCUUUUAUCUGUUGAAAGCAUAUAGAGAAGAAUUUUGUAGUUGUUUUAAGUACUAUACAUUUUAAUUGUUAGUAUCUUUAAGUGUAUCAUGUAAAAAUGUGUCUUAAUUUUUGAAAAAAAGUAUGUAUUUAUUUUCUUUUGAAUUGUCUUUAUUGUUUUAUAUUUAUGCCUUGAUGAUUUAAUUUGGAUUUGUUACAGCCAAGUGCCAAAUGCUCUCUCAAACUGUCAGCAGUAGAAAACUUGCUUAACAAGACACAGAGAAUGAAGGGUUUCUUUUCAGAUAUUCUGAGCCAUCCACUCAUAUCUAUUAAAAAAAAAAUGUAACACUUGUCCUGUUCAUUCAGUAACCAAAUUUCUCACUGUCUGAAUUAUCCCAUUCAUUUUUGUCUCUCCAUUUAUUAUAAACCAUAUGCUCCUAAUUUAGUACAUACUGGCUUGCAUGUAAUAGAAUUUUAACCAGACAUUCCUUUCCUGCUCUGAUGCUCAGAAGCCAUCAGCUCCUUCCAUUCAUGAAGGAGCCAUGUUAGAGCUCAGAGAAUAGCUACACUGGAAAGACCGGAAAUGCUAUUUAGAUUGUUGCUUUAAUUGACAACACAGCCAAAUGGCCAAUGCAUGAAUGAAAAAAUCACUUACUGACUUUGAAAAGUCACUUAGUAUCUUUGCUUAAAUUUGAUGGAAUUGAUGAUAAUUAAACUGCACAUCUGUAUCACUGAGUUUUAAACCAAUUAAUUAAACAUUGUUAUCAUCAAUAUCAUAUAAUUAUCUUUAACCGUCUUCCAUUCAGUACACCUAUUGUAAUUUUGGUGUAUAAAAAUAGAAGCCUUGAACUUCUUUGCAUUUAUUGAACAUACCACUUUUGAAAUAGCUAGCCAUCUAGCACAUGCUUCAAAAAUAUAUAGGCGUUGAAGAAAUGUCUCAUUUUAGGGAUUUAGCUGUUACAUGGAGGCCACCAAUGAGCAUGUUCAUUAAGAUUCAAAAGGAUGUACCUGGUGAAAAUCUAGCUACCAAUAUAUUCUUAUGCAACAUUUUAGAUCUACCUAUACUCUUUCUAAUGCUGAUAUGAUAAUGUCAUGGAUAUAAGGAAUGCGUAGGUCAUGAGAAUAGAAUGGAUGAAACAAUGCUACAACAUUUAUGAUUGUAUGCAAAAUGGGACACUAAAGGAAUAGAAAUUCCAAUAACAGAUCAAAAUUCACAAGUAAUAAUCUAUUGUAGAUAUAGUGUAAUAAGGCUUAGAUUGUGUUUUUUAAAAUGUCAGACUGUUUUCCAAAUUUUGACAACAUUCUUUUAUAGUCGAAUCAUGCUAUUAGAAUUUUAUAUUGGAUACGUAAGAGCAUGAACUUUUUAAAAAGGCAUAUGCAAUUAUAAAAUUAAUCAAACAUUUCAGUUAAGCCUGCUAGAAGCAGAAGGAAAAAAUUCUUCUAAUUAAGUAUUUUGUUUUGGAAUAUUAGACUGAGAUUCAAAUCUGGCUUCAAUCUCAUUUUUUCCCAGAGUAGCAUUUAAUUUUUUAGACACUAUUCUGGGUAUACUCAACAAAAUCUGUGCAUUUCAUAAAGUAGUAGAAAUUGAGGAUUGUUGUAUCUAUUGCACUUAUUUUGGCUGUGUUUUUUUUAUUUGAAAGUAGAGGUUGUAUAUACAACCUUUUCAUUUUUUUUAAUAUUCUUCAUGAUUACUUUUCAUUUUUUUCAGUAUUUUUCUACCUGACUUCUUAUAAAUUUACUUUACAUAAUUCUUACCUGUACAUAUGUAAACAUAGCAGUGUAUGAUUCUUAACUGUGGAGUAGAGGUACUAAGAAUACUCAUGGCCAUCUCUUUGUACAGGAAUUGCAUUGACUUUCAAUAAACAUGAAGCCACAAGUCCUUCACAAUGUCAUGUACCAUAUUAUCUGUUUUGUAUCUUAAAUUUGAUUUAUACAUAUUAUUUAUUUCUGGUAAAACACACAGUUUAUGCUGUACUAGGUAUCUAUUAAGCCAUGUACAAAUGUGAUACGGUUAGCAAUAUGUGUUUACUUUAACCUUGUCUUUUCAAAACAUUGCUCAUUUAGUUUGUGCUGUGCAAUGUAGAUGGCCUCUUACUAAUGUAAAAUGAUUUGUAGUGGAAACAUUUAUAUUUUUAUAAUAAACAUAAUGAAAAUAUUUUUACAGAUUGGAA